CCCAAGCGUGCUAAGAGAUACUUUAGUGCUGCUGAGAUUAAAUUUUGAACAUGAAUUAAAUUUUUAAUUAAGAGCUCAUUAGCUCACGCGUUUAUAUUUACUAUCACCGAAGAUUUUGAUUAGCAGGGGAUAAUCUAUUUAUUGUAGCUGCAUUAGUGGAAUAUACAAAUUAUACAGCGACAAAAUUAUUCAAAGUUUGGCAAGCAAGACGCCAACAAUACAUAUCAGAAACAUAGAUCUUGAAGAAUUUAGGCGCUGCAACGGUGCAGAAGGGCUCUAUGUGCUCCACCGUGACUUGGGCAAAAGGUACUUUAGUUUCCAAGAGCUUACUACUGUGGUAUCGCGAAAAGUGCACUCGAUCGACGUAUAAUUUGGACAUACGACAGCGACAAGAUGCUCAACGAGAUCAAGGCGGCGGUACUGUUCUUAGUAAAGCUGAUCGAAAAAAGCGAAAAAUUUAGUCCUGAUCAAUUAGAAUGCUUCAAGCGGCAUUUGGUCGAACUGUUGACGGAACGCUUUAAAAAUCACUGGUUUCCCGACAAGCCGUUCAAGGGUCAGGGAUAUCGUUGUAUUCGUGUCAAUGGCCACAAUCGUCGAGAUGCAACUUUGGAGAGCGCCGCGAGUGCUGCUGGAGUCAAAUACGAGGAUCUGGCCCUACCGGUAGAGUUAACUUUGUGGGUUGAUCCCAAUGAGGUCUGCUGUCGAUUCGGUGAGAGCAAGGGAUCGUACUGCACACUGGCAUCGUUUGAGGACAAGGAGAAUGCUGUACCCAUUUUUCAAGAACAUAAAGAUAAUAUAGAUAAAGAGAACAAGGAAAUUUAUGUGGGACCUAUCAAGAUACAGAAAUCCCCUUUAACUACUAGUACAGAACAACAACAAUCGAAAUCAAAAUUAUUAAACACUGCUAAUCAAAAUCAACAGCAUAGCAAUAAUGGUACAGGUAGGAAGCGUAAUUUGAAUAGUCCUAGACUGCAUCUGAACAGAAAUCGUUCGUGGUUCGGCCACUCCUUCAGCAUGGGUUACGGUCCUCAUCCAAUCAGCCAGCCUUGGUACAAUAUAAUGCCUCCGCAUUUCCUCGGUGGUCCUUCUCCGCCGCCCUUUAUGGGACACCGGGGGAAUAAAUGGGUACACCCGUCCUCUUAUCCCGCAGGACCCGCCCGUUUCCACCACUGGUCUCCCAAAGCUACUCUUAAGGUAUAAAGAAAAUCUCUUUCAGAGAAAACAGUUAAGAAACCUGUUUCUUCUUGAAAAAAAAAUUCAAAGGAAAAAGUAUAACAAUGUAUAAGCUGGUUUUGAAAAAUGCUUAUUAUUGUUACAUUUUGAAAUAAAAUAUGCUGUGAUUUAUGUUCACAAUUAAAAGAAUUUUAAUUAAAAUAUAUUCUUGAUGUAGGUACGCAGAUAGAAUAUAUGUGUGUGUAGAGUAAAUAUAUGAAUUAUAAAUAUAAAUUUUUAUAUAUUAGAAACAGGUUUGUUAACGCGUUUUACGAAAAUUAUCCAUCCUGUAAUUACAAAUGACCUUGUUCGAAGUAUGACUAAGGCUUACGAUUUUUUAUGACGAAAGAUAUUGUAUUAUUACAUGUUACGUAUAUAUAAUAAUAAAUUGGAGUAAUAGAUGUUUAACUCCGAAUGCAAGGUUGCUUGUAAGGUAGACUAGUGGCAAUUCAAAUAACGUAUAAAUAUCGACGCAUUAGCGAAAUGCGCGAAAUGGAAAUAGAUAUCAUAUCACAUGACGAUUAUUUCUUUGGUCAUUAACACUAUUCGGAAAAUACACAAUAUACAAUCGAGGAAUUGAGAGAAUCUAUCGGCUUCUCUAAUUGUUGUAAAUUGAUAAAUUAUACAUUUUUCUAGUUGCACAAAUUAAAUUUUUCUAGUUAUGUAUGUUUUCAAUCUAAUUAAUUCUUGAAAUUGUAUAAUCAAAUUGGCAAUAUGAAAUUAUUUUAUUGUACGUUAAUAGUCCAAUAAUAAGGGAAAAAAAACGAAAAUAAUUUCGAAAAUUUUGAAACUUGAUAUAGACAUUUUGUUGGAAAAGAGGGGAAAAAGAAUGUAAAAUAAAAUAUACCUUAUUUAUCACUUUGUAUGACUAAUUAUAAGCGAUAUGAGAGUUUUUUGAAAGCUUGUGUCUGAUAAGAUCAGACAACAUUGUGACUACAUGAUAUAAAGACCGUACAUGUGGCGUGAUUAAUUAAAGUAUAUUUUAUUUUAUAUGAAAAAAUUAAUUUUUUUUGUGCAUGUCGAAAGCAGAUGAAUUUUAGAACUUUAUUUUUCAUCUAAAAAAUGUUUGUAUCAAGUUUCAAGAUUUUCAAAAUUAAUUCUAUUUUUAUCUCUAUUCUAUUUAUAGUUUAAUUUGAAUUGGACUAUAAAUAACUGAUUUUGUUCCGAUAUGACUAAUAUUUGUUAUAGUAGAUUUUAUUUGCAUAUCAAUAAUACAUUAUGGUAAAGAAUGUGGGAAAUGUUAAGUUACCUUAUAUUUCGUGUAUAUAUAUAAUUGUUAUUAGUGAUAAAUGUGAUUUCGAUAAAAUCUUGACAUAUUCUGAUUUAUUAAUCCGAUGUUAUAUAUAUAUAUAUAUAUAUAUAUAUAUAUAUAUAUAUAUAUAUAUAUGUUAUUAUAUUGUCUAACAAAAUGUGAACAAAUUCGUUCUACUUUUUCGUGUACCGGAGAGUAGCAACGCGAAUGCAUUCUACUAAUUUUCAUACUUGAAAAAAAAAAAAAACAGACAUCCACGAUACGUUAUUUAAAGAUAACUGCCGUCAUUGAGAUUUUAUCAAUGAUCAAUGCUUGUUGUUACAUUAACGAGCCAAUGACAUUAAGAUUAAUUGCGCUGCCAUGUGCAGUUAAACCUGUUAUUUUUGUCAUAUUGAAUUCGAAGACGAGCGUGCCGAAUUUAUUACAAAUUAUAUAUUAUUUUUAACUUUACUCACAUUGCUCGCAUAUCAGCUUCUUAUAAAGUUAACACACUCAAACUCAAAAUGUUAACGCGAUGGUAUAAUACUAAUAUAACUGUCAUGUCAAUGUACAUUUGGCCUUAUAUGUAUAUUAUAGAGAAUUUAUGAAACAUCAAUAAUAUAUAUACUAAUUUAUAUAUAAGUUGGCUUUUAUCGAUAAUAGGCGUAUCUCUUGUUUUUGUGGUAUUACCUCCUACAUAUAUAUAUAUGUAUGUGUAUAUAUAUAUAUGUGUGUGUGUGUGUGUGUGUGCGCGCGCGUGUGUGUAUAUAUACAUAUAUAUGUACGUAUGCGCGCGCGCACACACACACAUGCACGUAUAUAUACACAUAAUACACACGUAUACAUAAAUAUAUAAUAUACGCUGUGCGUAAAUAUAUUAAGUGCAAUUCUUAUUUGUGAUACUCUGCAAGAUCAGUUGUUUCUUCGAGAUAUUUUUAUCAUAUUUGCAGUAUAUCAAUUUCGAAUUAAACAUUCUUCUUAAUAUUUUACGUUUAUGGCUACUUAGAUAAUAAUAGUUAAAAUGCUUCUAUAUAUAUAUUUUCAAAAUAUUUUUAUACAAGAAAAUAAGAUUGGUUAUAUAUAGAUUUCAAAUUAUAAUUAGUACAAAUAUAAAUAAUAAAAAUAUAAUUAUGUAAUUUAUAAUAUAUUUUGUUUUAUUAUUUUUUAUUUACAUAUUAUGUCAUACAUGUUCGGAAGAACUUAAAUUUAUGAAAAAAUAAUGUAACCGAAAUUUGCAUACAUUUUUGAAUGAAUAAACCUAACUUCUCAUAUAAUAUAAAAUAGUAACGAAAAUCGUAAAAAAAUUUUCUUAAAUAUAAUCUGUAAAUUAUUUUUUGAAAUUGUCUUACUGUUAAGAACGUUAUUUUUCGAUUUUGGUACUCAAACUUUAAUGCCAAAAAUCGGAUAGAUAGCCUAAAUUGUGCAAUUAAUUUAAUAUUGUGCAAUUGUUUGUGUAAUGAAUGAAACAUAAUUCUUUUCGAAGGAACAAUUCUUGUUACGUGAACAAAUAAUAUUGCAAAUAUUAUGUGUAAUUCUAACGAAAUUUUAAUAAAAAGCAUGAAAUGCAUUUUUAUAUUAAUCGCAGAUACAACGCAUAAACAAUACUUUUUCGUACAAUCAUUUCUUAAUUAUGUAAUAUGGUAAAAUCGGAGAAUAUGUUACAUUUUCAAUAUCAUAUGAUAGGAUUAUUGUUGCUGCAUUAUUUGUUCUUUACGCGAUCUGAUAUAUAUAUUACUGUUGAUGGAUACAUACAUACACAAUAAUCUUUAUACAUGAAUGGUAAGAAAUACUUUAGAUGUAUAUUAUAAAGAAAUCCUUAGUAAAGUUUGCGCUCUAGAUGAAGAUUUUUUUAAAGUAUAGAAUAAUAUAUAAUAUCUCUGGCUUUGUUUUGCGCAAUAAUUUCGAGACGCUGCAACUUCGUUUCAACAAAUGUUACAUGCUUGCAUUUUAAGACUGAAUACUGAUUUUAGGCAAAAUAUCAAACAUUUUACACAUGUAUAUUUUUUUGAUAAAUAGAUUAUAAUAUAGAUAUUAUUUUUUUUUCGUUUAUUUAAAUAACACUAUAUGCAUUAAAAAAAAAUUGAACAAAAAAUUGAAACAAACGAACUAUUUAUGGUAAAUGAUAUAUAUCUAUUCGACCUCGAGAAGAUUUAGUUUUUAUUGUAAUAAAAUUAAUAACAGUUUAUAGCGAAACGAGAUUAUUGUACCUCCAUUAUGAUAAAAGAAUUUGUGUGAAAUGAAUCAUUCUACAGUAGUGUAAUUUUACAACUUUCACUUCUUACGAUUAGCAUCGUUUCUCUCUCUUUCAUUCUCUUUCUCUCUCUAGACAUAUACAUGCAUAAUGUAUGUGUAAUCUGUCCUAGUAUAGAAUCUUUGUGUUCAAUUUGUUAAAUUUUAUUCAACGGAGUUAUGUUGUUGUUAUAUAAGAAUAUAUAAAAAGCUUAUAAAUAUUAUAUAUAUAUAUAUAUAUAUAUAUAUAUAUAUAUACAUAUACAUAUAUAUACAACACACACAUGCAUAUAUAUACAUAUAUACAUAUAUAUAUAUAUGUAGAAUUAGCAAUAUUGCAUUCGGACAUAUUCUUUUAUUAAUAUUCUUACAUAACAUAGACAUAUAUAAUAACAUAUAUAUAUAUAUAUAUAUAUAUAUAUAUAUAUAUAUAUGUGUGUGAAAUAUAUAUACAUACAAUAUAAAAAAAGGAGAAAAACGCUCAACAUUUGAAAUGUUCCAAACUUUGUAACUGUGUUCAAAUGUAGGAAAAAUUGAAUGCGAUGACAACGUACCUUUUCUUAAUGAUAAAUAGUUAGUCAAUUAUACUCUAUAUAAAAAUCAUAUGCGGCAGAAUGAUGUAUGUCUUGUAUAAUCAACAGUAAAAUGCAGUGAACAGGAAUUCAAAGCGAAACAGUACUUUUAUAUAGAAAAUCUGGAAUGCGAUAUGCGCAACCAGAACAAAUAUUAAUACGCAUUAAUAAGCAAAUAAUGGCUUGCGGUCAGCACAAAACAUUUUGUACUUAUCUCACUUUCAUUAUAACAAUAUUUUAGCACUUUGAAUCUAAUUAUAAUAUUGUCUUAUCACUUUGUAUUUUAAUUUCGAUUAAACUUUAUUAUAAAAUUAUGAUUGAAAUAAAACUAUAGAGUAUACAUAUAACAUAUGAUAUUAAAAAGAGAAACAUGAAGAAAAAGUCAUAUAAUGAAUAAUAGAUAUAAGAUUAUGUCAAUCACACAAAACAUAAAUUAAAAAAUAUAUUAUCAUUAGACCAGUGGAUUCAAAGUGUUAAAUCGCAUUAUGGAAACAUGAAUAUUGGUGCCUUUUCUUCGUCCGAUAUACUAGUUUUUAUCACAUUAUCGUUGAGCGUCCUUUCAGAGGCGAGAUCGUAUUUCAUAUUUUCCAUGACACGUCGAAUUCUCUUAUAAUGAAAUAUAACAAAAUGAUCGAUGAUUUUCCGAAUUACCGCGUAUUGAAGAACGUAUUAAUGUUUGGAUCAUUUCGAUUGUAGAGUAUAAUAAGCAUUAUAUAAACGUAUAUACAUAUAUCUUACUACUUGUACAUCAUAUGUUGGACGGAUAUAGAUUUCUUGCAUAAUUGUGUAAUGCCAUUGUGACUCUGGAUGAAUGUUAAAAGAAACGGUUCAAUUUCCUUCUGACACAUAUGGAUUUUAUGACAAACUACCAAUUGCAAGACUUUUGAUUAUUUACUAUUUUAACUUGGAGAAGGUUUUAUUAUAAUCUAUAAAACAAGUUCUACUAACUAUUAACUAUUAAAUUUGUAAGUAAUAAAUUAAAAAAAAAUCACAAUUGUAUAAUUUUAUUUGCUAAAUAUAAACAAAAAGAUGUAUAUUUGCACUUAAAUAAAACCAAUUAUAUCUAAGAAAUUUUAUUAGCCAGGAUAAGUUUUUUAUAUUAAUAACUAAAAAAGUAUAUGAUGAUUUAAUGAUUAGAAUGAUGAUUGAAAGAAGGAAAAAAGCCGUUGCUUUUUACAUUCUAUUGUAUGAUUAGCAAUUUCUCUUUGCAUUUUUCGACAAGUUCAAACAUAAUAUAGCUCUGGUUUUUUCGAUACUUUGUUUCAUGUUAUCUAUUAAUAAAAAUAUCAUACAUUUUAGAACGACACAUAUUUUCAAAUCAUCGAUAAUAUACUUUUGCAUUUUAGUGUAAUCGAAACUAAACAAGAAUUUACGAUUUCAUCGUGCUUAUCAAUCAAAUUUUAUUCUCGAAUGCGUUUACGUGGCCACAUAAAAAGGUUUUAGUAUUUUUCGAUUAGGGCAUGCCAACGCUUUAAUUCGAUGUAAUUACGAAGUGAUGAUCAUUGAUGGAGUUGCAUAAGACUUCGACUGCACUCGACACUUGCAUAGCAAAUUAGAUAAGAAUUUUUUCUGUCGUGUGUAGUUUUAUGAUGUAGCAUAAACUACAGAUGCGGUCUGCGAAAUUGAAGGCGUUACAAACUACGAUCGAAUUUUGUCGUAAUUAGAAAAAGAAAUUUAAGAGUUUCUUUUUCAAAAUUAAUUAUAUAUAAAUAUAAUACUGCUAUUUUGUAACAUAGUUAUUAAAAAAAUCGUUAACGAUUUAUUUAAUAGUUAUCAUGAGAAUAUGACUAAAAUGAUACGAUUUAAAAUCGAUAUAAAAUGAUAUGAUUUAAAAUUAUCAUUUUAAGCAUUAUUAAUUUUAUUUUACAAUUUGUUAAUCUUAUAUCAUUGAAAAACAUCGUAGUAUGGCAUUAAUCGUAGAUUAAUACUAUUAUAAUCUAAUGAUCAUUGAAUAUUUAUUAUUUUUUACCUUAGGAUCUCUCCUAUAUGUAAAUAUAUAUAUAUAUAUAUAUAUAUAUAUAUAUAUAUAUAUAUAUAUAUAUUUACAUUUGUUUCUACAUUACAAAAAUUUUAUAUAGCGAACAAAAUAAUCUAAUUUAUAUAAAGAGAAAGCUACAUAUAUAUGAAUCGUUUUAUGGCAACAUUUGUGAUGCCUUUGUUUUUGCAGUCUGCAACAGAAUUUUAAGAUUGUUGUUGAUAGUGAUUAUUGUCUGAUUGGAACAAGCGUUUGACCAUUGUCGCAUUCUGUAUAUAUAUACAUCAAUAUUACAAAAAUAUAUGCAUAUAUAUGCAUAGGAUUGUUCAAGAAAAAGAUGUUUAUAUGAUAUACAAAGAAUACGCAUUCAAUCUUCUGUUUAUUAAACUUAUUAAAAUUUCUAUGAUUUUCAAUUUCCGUUUUCAUUUUCGACAAUUUUAUUCUUGUUUUAAUUAUUUGAUUAUCGGCAUUGAGCCGAGAAUUUUGCAUGCAUAUUGGACUUAUUUAAAUUUAUUAUUUUAAAAUUUGACUUAUCACAGAUUCCUGACUCAAAUAGUUUACAUAUAUAAAACUGACUUUGAUUUAUAUUCUUGACUUUAUUAAAAUAAAUAGCUUACAAUACAUGUAUAAAGAUCUUAAAAAGGAAAAAAGAAAUAAAAUUCAAGCUUAAAAUUUUACAAUAAUCAAUCUUCUAUAUUAUACUAAGAAAACAAAUUUCUUUUCCUCUGUUUACAAAAAAAAAUAUUUCAAAAUAUAAAUUCAUUUUUAAGAUAUUUAUAAUUAUGUAUGUGCUGCACUUUUUCUGUGCAUUCUGUGUAUUUCUGAAAUUGGAAAAAGCAACAUUGGUCAACGUUGAUGUUCAGUAUAAUAGUAAAGUUUUAGCUUUUGAUCAAAUAUAUCCUGUACAUUUAGGCAAAAUUAACUUCAACUGCGGUAUAAACUAUGACCGAUGUACUUACGGUCUUGACUUCAAAAUGUAGCAAUUUUUCUUAAAAUUAAAGCAAACAAAAAAGGGAGAUACAUAAAUAUAUAUAUAUAUAUAUAUAUAUAUAUAUAUAUAUAUAUAUAUAUAUAUACACACACACACACACAUACAUGUACACUCUGAUUCGACGAUUUCUCAAGUAUUCUCUAUUCGACACAAUAUCGUGAACAUUUAACGUUAUUAUGAUUGUAUUAACGCCAUUAACGAUUUAUAAUUACAUAAAUAAAAUGUAUAGGGAUGUAACACACAUUUAAUAAAUACUUUUGCAAAUCAA